AUGAUGUUCAACCUCUUUCGUAUCUUGGCUGAUAUCUCGCAUGUUGCCUCGAUCUGUCUUUUGAUCUGGGCGAUACACCAUAAUAAGAGCGCGGAGGGUAUCUCCAUCUUGACGCAGAUGCUCUAUGCUGCGGUGUUUGUGACCCGAUACCUUGACCUGUUGAGCCCGAGUUCCUGGUCAAUCCGGGCUCAUGGCCCCGUAGUCAUCUGGAAUGUCUCGUUCAAACUGUUCUUCCUCUUGUCGACCUUCUAUACGAUAUUCAUCAUGAUGAAGGUCUUUCCGCGCACAAGAGAGCGAGAGCGUGCUUGGAAGCUCGGCAUCUACUCCGUGGUGGGCUCCGUGGUGUUGGCCCCAAUGGUAAUUCUCGUGUUUGAACAGGGCUUUCGGGGGGACUGGUUCUUGGAGAUUCUUUGGGCCUUUUCCAUCAUCCUCGAGUCCGUCUGUGUCCUCCCACAGCUGCUCCUUCUCCGUCAGACAACUGUACCCACCGUGAUCGACUCUUACUACCUGGCUGCCCUGGGCUCGUAUCGCGCCUUCUAUAUCCUGAACUGGCUCGUGCGCGGCUUUGGGCAUGAGCACUACUGGGAUCCAAUCGCCUUUAUCUUCGGAAUCGUGCAGACGGCCUUCUACGUUGACUUUGCAUGGGUGUACUAUUCCCGACAGCGGGUCAAGCUUCGUAAUGGAGGAGUGGUGGACUCGGACGACUAUAGCAAGAGCUGGCUGGUGAACCGAGUGGUCAACCUGGGGGCCAGUCGGGCCUCGGCCGAGGAAGAACAGCACCUACGCGAUGAGGAGGAGGGUGGGGAGGGAAGAUUCCACAACAACCGAUGGGGUGCACGAGGAGUCUCCAUUGCGGCGGAUGACACAUUGGAGAAUCAUGGGCGGCGUGGUGACUCUGAUGAGGAUGACGAAGGGACUGAAGGCGUAUUGGCAGACGACUACUUGGACGACCGGGAGCGUGCUCCACGGACUCGCACUACGGGCUGA